CGCAGCUGGGUACCCCUCCGCCAGGGGCGGGCCUCGCCACCCCCGCCGCCAUGUUGCGGCCGGCGCGCGGGCGGGGGGGGGAUGACGCACCUCCGGCGUGUUACGUGAGCGUCUGCGUAGGGAGGGUGUGUCCAACUGUCGCCGCGGCGCGGGUGGCCCCGGGGCCCUUCCGUGAGGGGGCGAGCAGGCGGCGCGGCCCCGGCCCCUCCUCGCCGCCGCCAUGCCCGCCGGCGUGCCUUGGCCCACCUACCUGAAGGCGCUGGCGGCCAGCAUGCUGGCCAUGUUCGCCGGCGCCGAGGUGGUGCACAGGUACUACAGGCCUGACCUUAGUAUACCUGAAAUACCUCCUAAGCCUGGAGAACUGAGAACAGAACUGUUGGGUCUAAAAGAAAGAUCAAGCGAAGUUCAAACUUCACAACAGUGACCUGAAUUUACUUACAUUGUGAAAACUAGAACUGAUAAAAUAUUUGUUCAACUGUCUCAACUGCAGAAACCCACGUGUGAAAUACUGUAUUGCCUUAAAACUUUUUUUGUUUCCUUUAAGCAGACUUACAGGCAGCAUUAAAAAUAAAUGUACGAUGAAUACUGUUGUUAAAACUCCAAUUGGUUGUGUGCCAAAAUGCCUGUCAUUUCUUAAUCUUUAUUGCAGUGUAAGUAUCCUUCGGAAUAAAAGAUGUGAGCUCACA